AUGUCCAAUACACCACUGGAUCAAUUGACAAACGGCGUCCAGAACCUUGGACUAGCCGAUCAACAACAACAACAACAAAUCGGAGGUCAAGCACCUGUUCAUUCAAAGAAAAAAAGACCAGCUAGAGCUUACCACAACUUGAACACUGCUCCAGGUGCUGCUGCUGCUGCUUCCCAAUUCCAAGCUUCAAACCCACAAGCUUUCGGUAAUAGCGCUGCUUUACAACAACCUUUCCAAACACCAUUGGGUUAUCCAAGUCCUGCUGCUUCAUCAUUAGCAGGUACCCCAUCAGCAUUCACUCCAGAUGUUAGUGGUAUCCCUUCACAAUUUGCACAAGCUCCAAUUGCUCCUGUACCGACAAACGGUCAAGAUGCAUCAGGUUCUUUAUCAGUCCCUUAUCAAAGAAAAUUACAAGAAGCUGAAUAUGCAACAAAUACUUUCAAGUCAUUUGAGAAUGUUCUACCACCUACUUCAACAACUAAAUAUGUUUCCAUUGAUCAAGGUUGUGCAAUUCCAAAAUUCAUGAGAUUAUCAAUGUAUAACGUUCCAUCAAGUGAAGCUUUAAGAAACUCAACCAAAUUACCACUAGGUCUGACAGUACGUCCAUUUGCACCACUAGAAUAUAAUGAAGAACCAGUUCCAGAAGUUGAUCUUACACCUAUUGGUGGACCACCUCGUUGUCGUCGCUGUCGUACUUAUAUCAACCCUGGAAUGACAUUCACACAUGAACAGAAAGUUAUCUGUAAUAUGUGUAAGUUUGCAACACCAAUUCCAACUGAAUAUCAAUCACCAUUGGAUGCAACUGGUCGCAGAAUUGAUUUCUUACAAAGACCCGAACUACAUUUGGGGACUGUUGAUUUCAUUGUCCCUGAAACGUAUUGGUCAGAAGAAGGAGUUGAGCCAAGCUCAUUACAUCAUGUCUUUUUGAUUGAUGUUAGUGCAACUAAUGAUAUUAUAAGAUCUACAACAGAAGCUAUUAGAUCCACUUUGGAUAAAUUACCACCGUUCGUGAAAGUUGCCAUCAUAACCUAUGAUCAAAGAGUUCAGUUCUAUAAUUUGAAAUCAGAACAGAGCCAAGUACAUGUUGCAUCAGAUCUUGAAGAUCCAUUUGUUCCAAUUUAUGAUGGAUUAUUUGUUGAUCCUCAAGAAUAUGUCUUCCAAAUAAAUGAUGCAUUGAAUAAGAUUGAUGAGUUAUAUUUUGAAUAUAAAUCACCAGAAGUUGCUUAUGGCGCUGCUUUGAAAUAUGCACUUUAUGCAUUGGGGACUGUUGGUGGAGGUAAAGUCACUGCAACAUUAUCGAAAUUACCAAGUUGGGGACCAGGUACUUUGACCAAUCCAAAUGAUAAAGAUAAUGGAACUGAUACUUUUAAAUCAGAAAAUACCUAUUAUAAUAAAUUAGCUGAUGAAUAUAUCAAGAUGAAUGUUGGUUUAGAUUUGUUUGUUAUUACAAGAAGUUCAGUGGAUUUAAUUAAUUCGUCAAUAAUCACAAACAAAACUAGUGGAUUAUUAAAACUUUAUUCAAAUUACCAACCAGAAAGGGAUGAGAUUCAAUUUAAUGAAGAUUAUAAGAAGGCUAUAUUGAGUACUCGUGGUUAUCAAGGACAACUGAAAGUUCGUUGUUCUGCAGGCUUACAAGUUGCUAAAUAUUAUGGUAAUUUUGAUUCAAAAACCACUAACGAUCCAAAAUUGCCAGUACUAAGUUCUGAACAACAAUAUUCUGUCUUGUUUUCAUAUGAUGAGAAGAUAAAUACCAAAGAAGAUGCCCAUUUCCAAGCUGCUCUAUUAUACACAGGAUUAGAUGGUAAAAGAAGAGUAAGAGUUAUUAAUUCCGUUGUAGCUAUUACUAGUGAUGUUGCUGAAGUGUUUUCAUUUGCAGAUCAAGAUGUUGUAUUGGAUAUUAUUAUUAAAGAUUGUCUAAGUUAUCUAAGCAAACAACACCCAACAGAGAUUAAAUUAACAACAACUAAUAAAUUAGUUGAAGUGUUUACACAAUAUCGUGGAUUAGCAGUUCAAAAUAACUUGAUGCCAACAGAAUUAGUUUUCCCAGAUAGUUUAAAGACAUUAAUUGCAUAUAUUUCAUCAUUUCAAAAAUCCAAAAUUUUCAAAACUUCUAUACCAAACAAUCCGAAAAUUUAUGAUUAUUAUGAAUUAAAUUCUUUACCAUUAGAUAAAAUGUUGUUGAAAUUAUAUCCAAGAAUUAUUGGAUUGCAUAACUUAGAUGAAAAAGAUUGUUUAUAUGAUGAUGUUAGUGGAUACUUUAACCUAUCAAUCAAUUCAAGAGCCGCAUCAAAAGAUCUUGAAUAUGGUGGUGCAUAUUUUAUUUUCAAUGGUGAAAAAUUAUAUUUAUGGAUCCAUAAUGCAGUUAAUCCAUUAUUAUUGAAUGAUUUAUUAGGAGUGGAGAAAUUAGAAGAAUUAGCAUAUUUUAAGAAUGAUUUACCAGAAUUAAAUACUCAUGUUUCAUUACAAGCUAGGAAUCUUGUUGAAUAUUAUAAAAAUUUGUUAGGUUUUGAAAACUUGACAUUUCAAUUAGUUCGUGUUGGUAUUGAUGGAUCUGAGUUUGAAAUUGGAGAUCAAUUAGUUGAAGAUAGAGCCAUUGAUAAGACUCAAGGAUUUGAUGAAUUUUUAGUAAAUAUUCAUAAACAAAUAAGAGAUAGAUUAGAGAAUGACAAGGUUAUCAAAGCCAGUGAACCAAAACAUGAUGAUAGUACAUUAAGCCAAAGAUUUGUUCAUUUUUAA